CGUGUGAACGAAAUGAGUUCAGUUCGAGUCGGCAGCGAGAGUGAACGCGUUUCUAGGUUUUAUCUUCCGUUCUUCUGUUCCCCGUUCGCGCACAGCAUUCUGAUACUCACCCGAUUCCUCCGUGUGGCGCUGGGCUGGAGCUGGAGUGUUGUUGGUGGAGAGAGUGGCAUUUGUAGGGACCAUAAAAAAGUUGGAGAGUUCUGUCGACAAUCGCGACCUGGCCCGAAGGAGAAAAAGUAAGACGGAAACCAAGGAAAGAAGGUUUUAUUUUCACCGUUGUUUUGGUUCGAUUGCUUCGACCUGACCUGCUGCUGUGUUUUUCUAUACAUAUACAUAUAUUUCAUUGUGCAAUUUUGUGUUGACGCAAACGAAAACAUUAUUUACACCUUUGUUUUCCGCUCGACCUUGACGUUUGAUUACGCGAUAAGGGAAGUAACGUGAAAGCCAAACCGUUUGCUAUUAAGUGUCGGAAAACGGCAGCAUGCACAUGUGGGUAGAAUUUACUGUGGUAAUCUGCAGCCCGAUGCACGGAACGUGGAAGUGAAAUUUACAUUGUUCGGCUUUGAUUUUGGUGAUCGCUGGGGUGAGUGGCAGACAAAAAUCGGUGAUUUAAACCGUGUAAAAGUGCAGAUUUUUUUUCGUCGUUCACCUCGAGCCGAUUUCGAUUCCAUCACUUGGUACUAAUACAUAAGCGGUGGUGGAGCAAUACCAGUAAGAAAAAGAAAAAGGCGAAGAAGAAAAAGGUAAAACGCGACGACUUUGGAGAAUAAUAUCAAUAGCAAGAGGCAUAAAGGCAACUGUAGCAAACAACGGAAAGGUGUUGUGGUUGGAAGAAACAUAGAAAUGAGAUAGAGACCAUCCCGUGGAGGUCGCGGCGGCUUGCCAAGCAAAACCAACGCAAGAAUCGGGCUAAAGAGUGAGUGGCCCCCAAAACAGCCUUCUUUGAUUCACGGUGGUGCAAACGAGUCCAGUGUUGUACAAAAUCGUGUGGAUGUGUGAAAGAAGGCGACUGUAAUAAUAAAAAAGAGAAUGCAGAAAGAGAGUGGAAGAGAGAGGGCAGCAUAAACGACGGUCUUGUGUGUUUUUAGUUUCUUCUGCUCUCGUUUGUACUCUCGUCGUUCUUACCUGUGUGUGCUGCAGCAGUGCUGCGAUUAUGCGUCUGUAGUGGUGUGCGAGUAACAGCAGUCGCCGUCGUCGUCGUCGGCUAGUGUCAAUAAACUCUGGCGUCCGAAUGCGAGGUGAAAUACGUGAAGCAGCGGAACACAGAAACGUUGGAUAAAAGUUGGAACCUUUGGGACCAGAAACCUCAGACUGACGAAUAUGUAAACGGAUUUGUUUUGACAAUUCACUAGAAAUGAUUAAAGCUUCUAUGUUAUUGUCGUUGCUGCCCUGUGUGAAUGUGUGAAAAAUAAUAAUUGAAGCUGUAGCAGAAUGACAACAUCGGAGUCAAGAGGAAACGUCUCGGUAACAACGAUUAACUGUGAGAAUGAUCCCAGUCUUGGAGUGGCUAGCGUAGGCACCAUGAUUCCGGCAGGGACCAGCUCCGGUAGUAGCGGCGGUAGUAGUAGCAGUAAUAGUAGCAGUAGUAAUACUCCGAAUGCCAGCACUGGGAACAGUGCGAUAUUUGGAAACGUUGGUAUCCGAAUAACAGUGCCAAAAAUGGAAGAAUCUGAUGAGUCUGAUACCGAACUUUCGAACAUUGAAAAGACAGCGAACGUGAACAUGCGAGAGGAUAGUCGAGCCAGUAAGGGCUUGCCACGACCGAUGUCCUGGGAGGGUGAGCUGUCCGAACCGGAAGCGAUGAUGAUUGACAACGAAAACAGCUCCAGUGGUACUGGGCCAGAGCUAGCAACAGUCGAUAAAACGGAACCCCAGGUAGUUACUAAGGAAGAACCAACCGGUCCGGGAAUCACGGAGCCACUGGCUUUGACUGCGAGUCACAGUAGUAGUAGCUCUCCUCUUCCAAGCGGAAUGAUCAAACCGGAAGUGGGCAUUCCAUUGAUCAGCCACAGCGUUGCUUCCAACAGCUACGCCAACACCAUUCCAACUAGUAAUAAUAUUAACGCUAAGAAACUACCGGACGUUAUAAAUCUUAAGUAUGAGCACGGCUUGGCGGAAAAUCUUCCAGCGGUGAACUCACCUCUGUUGGUUCGCUCCAAAACGACGCUCCUUCCGGCCAAUCCAAGUCCCGAUUCUGCUAUUCACUCCGUGUACACGCACAGUUCUCCGAGUCAAUCACCGUUAACGUCUCGUCACGCAGUCUACACGCCCUCGCUGAGUCGCAACAACAGCGAUGCCUCGUACAGCAGCUGCUACUCCUACAGUUCCGAGUUCAGUCCGACGCAUUCCCCCAUCCAAGGACGGCACAAUAUGUUCGCCAGUGGGUCCUACAACGGAUCCCCGCUGCAUCACUCAGUAUUAUACAAACCGAUGAUCGACAAUGAACAGGCGCUGAAACUUGCCAACCAGGAGGAACCAGUCUUCGACAGCGAACAUCUACCGUCCCCGGGAAUCUCGCGGCAGCAGUUGAUUAACAGUCCUUGCCCGAUUUGUGGCGACAAAAUCUCCGGCUUCCACUACGGCAUUUUCUCCUGCGAAUCGUGCAAGGGAUUUUUCAAGCGAACAGUGCAGAACCGAAAGAACUACGUGUGCCUUAGGGGAGCGGCUUGUCCGGUGACGAUUGCCACGAGGAAAAAGUGUCCUGCAUGCCGAUUCGAAAAGUGCCUUCAGAAGGGAAUGAAGCUGGAAGCUAUUCGAGAGGAUCGCACUCGAGGUGGUCGAUCCACCUAUCAGUGCUCGUACACCCUGCCUGGUACGAUUCUCAGUCCGUCGUUGUCCGGUAACGAAAACGGCGGCAAUUUUCCGUACUCGAAAUUUCCACCUGGCGGUCAGUUUCUGCCGGGCAACACCGGAGGGCAUCCUGGUCAGCAGUUCAAAACUGAAUCCCAACAGGAAGUCAAAUGUAACAGCUCCGCAGCCGGAGCUCCAACUGGUAAUAAUGGAAGCAAUCAUGUCCGACCGGGUGUUCCACAGUUGCUGCAGGAAAUUAUGGAUGUCGAACAUCUGUGGCAGUACAACGCUACGGAACUGGCACGGUUGAAUCAACCGCCGCCACCGGUAACCCCAGCAGCCAUAGCUGCUAGUCCGUUACUCUCCAGUGCCGGCAUCACCAGCGAGAGCAAUCCGGAUUUGAUUGCCAAUUUGUGUAAUAUCGCGGACCACCGGCUGUACAAAAUAGUAAAGUGGUGCAAGAGUUUGCCACUGUUCAAGAACAUCUCGAUUGACGAUCAAAUUUGCCUGCUGAUCAAUUCGUGGUGUGAAUUGCUGCUCUUUUCAUGCUGCUUCCGAUCGAUGGCCACUCCGGGGGAAAUUAAAAUUUCCCUCGGGAAGUCGAUCACGCUGGAGCAGGCCAAGCACAGUGGAUUACAGACCUGCAUCGAACGAAUGCUCAAUCUCACCGACCACCUGCGGCGGCUCCGCGUCGAUCGUUACGAAUACGUCGCCAUGAAGGUGAUCGUCCUGAUGUCGUCGGACACAUCGGAACUGAAGGAAUCAGAGAAGGUUCGAGCCAGCCAGGAGAAGGCUCUGCAAGCCCUGCAAGCGUACACGUUAGCUCACUAUCCGGAAACGCCGGCCAAGUUCGGGGAGCUGCUACUGCGAAUUCCAGAGCUCCAGCGGACUUGCCAGCUUUCAUUUCAGGUUGGUAAGGAAAUGCUAACAAUUAAACCGAAGGAGGGCGAAGAACCGUCCUUCAACCUGCUGAUGGAACUGCUUCGUGGAGAACAUUAGAAUGUAUUCCCCCUUCUACGGAGAGAACUACGAAAGUAGACGAUCGUGCCUCACAUGCUCUUGCUUUUCGAGAGAGCAUGAUAAAACCAAUUCUAACACGAAUAUCCCCGCAGGAUAGCUACGAUCACAGCAGGCGCGGGAACGCCUCACAUCACUCGGCAAGUGUUUCGUUCGGUAAAUUCUUUUUUUUUGUUUCUAAAACGCGGACGCAUUCAGCUCUCUGUUUCAUGGUUUUAUAACCAACGAGUAACGCAAGCUAUUUGCGUUCGGUGUUAACUUUUUUGUUUCUUCAUAAUUCGAAACCCGAAAUCAAAACUCUUUCUAAAAAUUGUGAUUUUAACUUUUAAUUGAAUAAGUAGAGCGAGUUUAUUUUAUUCUUUUUAUCGGUAGUUUUUAGUCAGAUAUUUAACAGAUUUUUAUUUUUCCGAUUGCCGUUUUUUACAUAUUGUCUGUUGUAAGAAGUUUUUAUUUAACUACCUAUAAAGUGUAUUUUUAAAGAAACAAAUAUCGUUCAAAACGGUUUCAUCGCUGCACGCGAAGGCAUUGGAAUGCGUCUAAACGCCCUUAAAAUACAGAGUUGAUUUACGUUUUUUCAUUAUUGUCCUUCGAAAAAAGCAAGUACCGAUUAAGUUUCCUUAACUAGCAUCUUAAGACAUCAGAGUUCAUAGUUUGUUUACAAAGAAGACAAAAAAGGAAAAAACACACACACACGUACAUAUAGAAUAUUUUCUUUACGAUAACAAUAAGUAUGCUCUUAUUUAAACGAGCUGAUCGUGAACAACUAAGCUCGUAAAAUCUAUUUUUUUUCUCUAGACGAUAAAAAUAGCAUUGUAUUGUUGAUUAAUACAAGUUUUUGUUAAGCAGCGCUUUUAAAUCGAAAUGUUUAAGUUUUCCAGCAGCUCGGGUGCACUCUUUAAAGCGGGGUGCAGUCAUGCUGACUAUGCAAAUAUUCUAUUGAACUCGUAAGAGAUAACUGAGAUAGAUUUGUUUUCCUUUUAAGUUUAGUAUUUAAGCAAUCGUGUCAUUGGAGGAUCUUUAUAUUAGCAAAAAAAUCCAUUAACGACACUCCCUAAAACUCAAACACACUCACAAAAAAACGACCAUACAAAAGUCUGCAUUCAGCCCCUUAGGCAAUAGUAGGCUGGAAGAUUUCAACCCUCCUUUGCGCCUGUUGAUAAGGACGAAAGGAUGAAGAGGCAAAGCGGUUUCCAACUAUUUCUAUAGAUUAUAUCAAAACGCUGCCUUCCUGAUCGAUAUAACCCGAUUAUAUCGCAUAUUGGAGGGCCUGUUACAGCUGAGCAAUUCCUUUGUUUUUGUGACUAUUUUGCAAACCAGUUGCGAAUGAAACGGGGAAAUGUGUGCCUUUUGUCUGAAAUCCAGAAUCCAGAAGGAAACAUUACAAUUUUUCGGAUAGAGUAAAAUAUUUUAUCAAAACAAACUUUCGGCCGGAACGGGGCAGGAGCAAAAUAAGCAUACAAAAAAUAAGAAAAGAAAACCGAAUAUAUAUAAAUGAAGAAAACAACUAGUAAACAGAAAUGACUGAACCUUUUUAGUCUAGUGUUAGUUAAUUACGUAAAGAACAAAGCAGAAAACAUAAGAAAAAACCCAAGCGGCACCGGGUAGUGCCGUGUCAAACAUGAGUAGUCUAAUGCAACAACAAACAAACAAACAAACAAAUAAGUAAACUUUUUUGAAACGCGUUUUUUCGAGAUCACACACGAAGGAUCAAACAUUCUUUAAUAGUUGCAAUAUAUACAACAAACACAUUAGCCGAGACAGAGAGAAAAAAAAAGCGUUGGAACAACCGACAAGAAGAGACGGAAACGAACAAGUUUUCUAAAUAUUGUAUGAAAAGUGCAAUAUGUUUUCUCCCUUUAAACGUGUAACUUCCAAACAAGCGCAAACUUGACAAAGCAAAAACAACUGAGGUAGACUUUUUUGGUGGGGAGAAUUUUAAAACGCGAAUCAUUGCAGGAGGACUUUUCUCGACGCAAGGAAGUAGUGCAGUUUUCCUUUCACAUCGAUGUGUAAAUAUAUCUUAUAAAUAAAAAAAAAAAACAAAAACAGACGAGAGAAAAAUAAGAAGUUUUCCAACACGAGAACAGAUAAAAUGUGAUGAACUAAGCGUAAACCUCUAGUACUUUAGUGAUAAACGAAGCAGAAGAACACACAAACUAAUAAAACAAACAUCUAGCAAAAUAUACAGCUACUACUUAGUCGUCCCAUCAAACGGAAAAGGGCGCAAUCGGCGAAACAAAAAUAAAGAAAAAAAAGGCAAAGCGCAAAAACAAAAUCGAAGAAAAUUGCAGUAUUUUUAGGAACGUACUUUUUACUCUCCUUCCCUCCCUUCCCCUGUUGCAUGUUCGUAAGUGUUUUACCUACAUACACACACAAACACGUUGUGGGACCGUUUCUUGCUCCAAUAGACGAGGCGUCAAGUUAAGUCAGAACCAGCCAAUGCUUCACACCGUUGGCAGUUGAUUAUACACGUAUAUUGUACUUAAACGAAUUUUUAGGUUUACUAUUACUCUAUUUCGGCGAAGAAGAGAAAUCCUCGCGGCCGGCCGCCCAGAGGUCUGGUAACUGCUUGCAUAGUACUGGUACAACUGGCCUGUGGAGCGGGUGGUCGUGGAGGGCGCAAAAUUGAGCAUUUUUUAAAAAUAAAUAUCAGUUUAAAUCUA